GAACAGAAGCAUGAACUCCCAGGUGGAGAAACAACAGAGUUGGAUAAGGGCUAUUCUUCUUUUCCCUUCCUAGAACAACAUUCCGGCGAGAUGUCGGCGGCGUUCUCCCCCCCGCAAGUAAGCUGCUGCCGUCCAGGUUCCCGCGUUUACAGCUCGCAAUUUGCGAGCUUGCUUCCGGCGAAAGUGCAGCGGCGGAGUUUGAGAUUGAUUUGCGCACUGGUAUCCGAGGAAAGGCGGGAGAGCAGGAGGCUGGUCUCCAUCUCUCUCGCCGCGCUUUUUUACUGGUUAUCAGUGCCGAAAGAGGCAGUAGGCGGCAGCAUUUUCGACAACUAUGUGAAAAGGAAAAAGCUUGAACCUCUAGAAGCUUAUGUCCCAGCUGUGAUAUUGGCUCAAUUUCAAAUUAAACAGUUAGGCAAAUCUCUGGAAGUCGAUCAACCAAAAUAUGCUGACUGCAGGAGUUUGUUACGUUCUGGUCCUGCUGCAUCUCUUCGUGUUAAUAUUCGAGCAGUGGCUCAAUAUGCAUCUGAUGAUGGCAAUGGUUCAUUAGCCUUUGGAGAAGUUGAUCAGUGUCUGAGGUCGUUGGAAGAACUGGAUUCAUUGCUUUUGCAUGCAUCAAGAAAUGAAGGGGACGUAUCUGUGCAAUCUAUGAAGGGGAUGACCACUGCAGCAAUCAAUGCACUAGACGAACUUCUAAAAACAGUCCCAGCCAAUGUACUUGAACAAGGGCGGGCCAUAGCUGAUGCAUAUAUGGAGUCUUCCAAGGAAGAAGAAGCGCGACCGCCUCCAAUCGUUGAUUCAAAUCUAAAGCAAUUGGAAUCCAUAUUGUUAAAAUGUUAUAAUGUUAAGCAUGAAUUGUAGUCUUUUAGUGUUAAUUGAUAGGGCAUAAUAACUGGUAAAUAAUAUUAAAGAAGAAACAAUGAACAAAUACAAGGGGCAUACCCAUGAGCAAGGGAAGGCCGCAGCCACCCUAAACUCAAACAGAUAAAACAAGAUCACAGGG